AUGCUGCUGCUCAGCAUUGUGCCUUGGGGAGGUGAAUGGACACCUGACGAGUGUGCUGCAUUCUUUGCGAAUCCAAACACGAGUGAAGAUGACAAUUGUAUACAGAUGACUACAGAUAACGUCGAGGCAAUAAACGAUUUAGUUGACAAAAUAUCGUCUUUUAUAAAUGAGAUAAGUACAAAGUACGAAGAUAUCGAUCUGCGAUUGGUUGAAAUUACCGUUGACAAGCAUUCAUUGGUUGAAAAUAAGAAGAACACUACAGUACAUGUAACCAUAAAUGACUGUUUAGAUGGUCUUAAAAGUAGCGAACACAGCAGACCACAUGGAGAUCGGGAAUAUAAAACUGAUAAUGAUUUUAAUGCUAAUAAACAUGAAAUAAUAUAUAACAAAGCUAUACCCACAGAACUUGAUGAAGAAAAUAAAAAUGUAUAUAAAUCAAAUGAUGCAAAAGAUGGUGAAAAUAUUGAAAAUGAUAAUGAAAGAGACGUAUUAAGCAAUGAGUUUAGUUCAGAAGAUUUAGCGGCAGUGAAUAUUGAUGAUGACUUUACAGACAGUGAAGGUACUGAAAUAGAUUAUAAAAUUAAUAAUAUAUACAAUACGCCUGAUGAUUAUCCGAAACAAAACAGACACAUUGCAAAUGUUAAUAACGAUCAUGAACUUAUCAUUAAUAAUAAUGAAUCAAUAAAUAAAGAACAAGAUUUUGACAGCAAACACUUUCAAAAUAAAGAUUCAGUACAAAAUAACACAGAAAUAAUUCGUUUCGUUAAUUUCAAUGAUAUCAACGAAACAGAUAAUGAAUUAAAUAGCAAAAUGCCAUGCCAAGAAAUAUUGCUCUUGAAUGAUGAAGAUGAAUUCGUUUUCAAAGAAAUAGAAAAGAUACAUGAUGAUAAUGAAUACAAGUUCUUCGCGGACAGGAAGUUGGACAAGUUUGGUAAACAAAUCAUAACACUGACACUCGAGCCUGUGGAAGACGAAGAACCUGCAUUAAUUAGUGGGACGAAUCAAAAAAAAUAUAAUUGGAAGAAUAUUGCUAGCUCUUCGAAUGAAGCAGAGAGUUCCAGCAGUAACCGUAACGAAUUUUCCGGCCAAGUUAAUAACGGAAACGAUAACGCGUACUGGAAAUCGGUGUCUGACUCGGAGCAAGCGUCGUCUAGUUCAAGCAAAAACUAUAAAUACGACUCAGAAUACGAGAAUAAUAGAUAUCUAUAUGCACCAAGGGAAUUUGUGAACCCUCAAAAUGAACCAUUCGAAAGCGAAUAUCAACCACUCGUCAUUCCAAGCAAGCCGCCAGUUAGUUCAUCUACAAGAAAUUGGGGACAACACGUUAAUAAUCCGAUUGACUACACAGGCCCACAAAAUGGUUCUCCUAGUACAACCAGCUCAAGCUAUAGCCAAUCGUCAGCAGGAAGCAGUGCUAGCAGCACCAGCAACGCACAGACUAACUCAAACAACUGGGCACAGAGUGAAAGUGGAUCUGCUGGGUCGAGUGUCACAGGGUCAGAGCAAGGAUCACAAAACGGCUCCGCUGGUUCUAGCAGUUCAACCUCCAGCCAAUCGUCUGCUGAUAGCAGUGCAUACAGCACAAGCGGAAGCUAUGGAGCACCAACUGAAACUUCGAAACCCAACAAUCCACAGGGAGGAUCACCAAAAGUACCACAACAACCCAACACCCCUGUAGGAGGAUCACCAAAUGGACCACAAAAACCCAAUAACCCUCAAGACGGAUCAUCAAGCAAACCCGACAGUGGUUCGUCAAACAAACCACAGCAAGGAUCACAAAACGGCUCCCCUGGUUCUAGCAGUACAACCGACAGCCAAUCGUCUGCUGAUAGCAGUGCAUACAGCACAAGCGGAAGCUAUGGAGCACCAACUGGAACUUCGAAACCCAACAAUCCACAGGGAGGAUCACCAAAAGUACCACAACAACCCAACACCCCUGUAGGAGGAUCACCAAAUGGACCACAAAAACCCAAUAACCCUCAAGACGGAUCAUCAAGCAAACCCGACAGUGGUUCGUCAAACAAACCACAGCAAGGAUCACAAAACGGCUCCCCUGGUUAUAGCAGUACAACCUACAGCCAAUCGUCUGCUGAUAGCAGUGCAGACAGCACAAGCGGAAGCUAUGGAGCACCAACUGGAACUCCAAAUCCCAACAAUCCACAAGAAGGAUCACCAAAAGGACCACAAAAACCCAAUACCCCUGUAGGAGGAUCACCAAAUGGACCACAAAAACCCAAUAACCCACAAGACGGUUCAACAAGCCAACCCGACAGUGGUUCGUCAAACAAACCACAGCAAGGAUCACAAAACGGCUCCCCUGGUUCCAGCAGUACAACCUACAGCCAAUCGUCUGCUGAUAGCAGUGCAGACAGCACAAGCGGAAGCUAUGGAGCACCAACUGGAACACCAAAUCCCAACAAUCCACAAGAAGGAUCACCAAAAGGACCACAACAACCCAACACCCCUGUGGGAGGAUCACCAAAUGGACAACAAAAACCCAAUAACCCACUAGACGGAUCACCAAGCAAACCCGACAGUGGUACGUCAAACAAACCACAGCAAGGAUCACAAAAUGGCUCCUCUGGUUAUAGCAGUACAACCUACAGCCAAUCGUCUGCUGAUAGCAGUGCAGACAGCACAAGCGGAAGCUAUGGAGCACCAACUGGAACACCAAAUCCCAACAAUCCACAAGAAGGAUCACCAAAAGGACCACAACAACCCAACACCCCUGUGGGAGGAUCACCAAAUGGACCACAAAAACCCAAUAACCCUCAAGACGGAUCAUCAAGCAAACCCGACAGUGGUUCGUCAAACAAACCACAGCAAGGAUCACAAAACGGCUCCCCUGGUUAUAGCAGUACAACCUACAGCCAAUCGUCUGCUGAUAGCAGUGCAUACAGCACAAGCGGAAGCUAUGGAGCACCAACUGGAACUCAAAAACCCAACAAUCCACAAGUAGUAUCACCAAAAGGACCACAACAACCCAACAGCCCUGUAGGAGGAUCACCAAAUGGACCACAAAAACCCAAUAACCCACAAGACGGAUCACCAAGCAAACCCGACAGUGGUUCGUCAAACAAACCACAGCAAGGAUCACAAAACGGCUCCCCUGGUUCUAGCAGUACAACCUACAGCCAAUCGUCUGCUGAAAGCAGUGCAGACAGCACAAGCGGUAGCUAUGGAGCACCAACUGGAACACCAAAUCCCAACAAUCCACAAGAAGGAUCACCAAAAGGACCACAAAAACCCAAUAACCCACAAGACGGAUCACCAAGCAAACCCGACAGUGGUUCGUCAAACAAACCACAGCAAGGAUCACAAAACGGCUCCCCUGGUUCUAGCAGUACAACCUACAGCCAAUCGUCUGCUGAUAGCAGUGCAUACAGCACAAGCGGAAGCUAUGGAGCACCAACUGGAACUUCGAAACCCAACAAUCCACAGGGAGGAUCACCAAAAGUACCACAACAACCCAACACCCCUGUAGGAGGAUCACCAAAUGGACCACAAAAACCCAAUAACCCUCAAGACGGAUCAUCAAGCAAACCCGACAGUGGUUCGUCAAACAAACCACAGCAAGGAUCACAAAACGGCUCCCCUGGUUAUAGCAGUACAACCUACAGCCAAUCAUCUGCUGAUAGCAGUGCAGACAGCACAAGCGGAAGCUAUGGAGCACCAACUGAAACACCAAAUCCCAACAAUCCACAAGAAGGAUCACCAAAAGGACCACAACAACCCAACACCCCUGUGGGAGGAUCACCAAAUGGACAACAAAAACCCAAUAACCCACUAGACGGAUCACCAAGCAAACCCGACAGUGGUUCGUCAAACAAACCACAGCAAGGAUCACAAAACGGCUCCCCUGGUUAUAGCAGUACAACCUACAGCCAAUCGUCUGCUGAUAGCAGUGCAGACAGCACAAGCGGAAGCUAUGGAGCACCAACUGGAACUCCAAAUCCCAACAAUCCACAAGAAGGAUCACCAAAAGGACCACAAAAACCCAAUACCCCUGUAGGAGGAUCACCAAAUGGACCACAAAAACCCAAUAACCCACAAGACGGUUCAACAAGCAAACCCGACAGUGGUUCGUCAAACAAACCACAGCAAGGAUCACAAAACGGCUCCCCUGGUUCCAGCAGUACAACCUACAGCCAAUCGUCUGCUGAUAGCAGUGCAGACAGCACAAGCGGAAGCUAUGGAGCACCAACUGGAACACCAAAUCCCAACAAUCCACAAGAAGGAUCACCAAAAGGACCACAACAACCCAACACCCCUGUGGGAGGAUCACCAAAUGGACAACAAAAACCCAAUAACCCACUAGACGGAUCACCAAGCAAACCCGACAGUGGUACGUCAAACAAACCACAGCAAGGAUCACAAAAUGGCUCCUCUGGUUAUAGCAGUACAACCUACAGCCAAUCGUCUGCUGAUAGCAGUGCAGACAGCACAAGCGGAAGCUAUGGAGCACCAACUGGAACACCAAAUCCCAACAAUCCACAAGAAGGAUCACCAAAAGGACCACAACAACCCAACACCCCUGUGGGAGGAUCACCAAAUGGACCACAAAAACCCAAUAACCCUCAAGACGGAUCAUCAAGCAAACCCGACAGUGGUUCGUCAAACAAACCACAGCAAGGAUCACAAAACGGCUCCCCUGGUUAUAGCAGUACAACCUACAGCCAAUCGUCUGCUGAUAGCAGUGCAUACAGCACAAGCGGAAGCUAUGGAGCACCAACUGGAACUCAAAAACCCAACAAUCCACAAGUAGUAUCACCAAAAGGACCACAACAACCCAACAGCCCUGUAGGAGGAUCACCAAAUGGACCACAAAAACCCAAUAACCCACAAGACGGAUCACCAAGCAAACCCGACAGUGGUUCGUCAAACAAACCACAGCAAGGAUCACAAAACGGCUCCCCUGGUUCUAGCAGUACAACCUACAGCCAAUCGUCUGCUGAAAGCAGUGCAGACAGCACAAGCGGUAGCUAUGGAGCACCAACUGGAACACCAAAUCCCAACAAUCCACAAGAAGGAUCACCAAAAGGACCACAAAAACCCAAUAACCCACAAGACGGAUCACCAAGCAAACCCGACAGUGGUUCGUCAAACAAACCACAGCAAGGAUCACAAAACGGCUCCCCUGGUUCUAGCAGUACAACCUACAGCCAAUCGUCUGCUGAUAGCAGUGCAUACAGCACAAGCGGAAGCUAUGGAGCACCAACUGGAACUUCGAAACCCAACAAUCCACAGGGAGGAUCACCAAAAGUACCACAACAACCCAACACCCCUGUAGGAGGAUCACCAAAUGGACCACAAAAACCCAAUAACCCUCAAGACGGAUCAUCAAGCAAACCCGACAGUGGUCCGUCAAACAAACCACAGCAAGGAUCACAAAACGGCUCCCCUGGUUAUAGCAGUACAACCUACAGCCAAUCGUCUGCUGAUAGCAGUGCAGACAGCACAAGCGGAAGCUAUGGAGCACCAACUGGAACUCCAAAUCCCAACAAUCCACAAGAAGGAUCACCAAAAGGACCACAAAAACCCAAUACCCCUGUAGGAGGAUCACCAAAUGGACCACAAAAACCCAAUAACCCACAAGACGGUUCAACAAGCAAACCCGACAGUGGUUCGUCAAACAAACCACAGCAAGGAUCACAAAACGGCUCCCCUGGUUCCAGCAGUACAACCUACAGCCAAUCGUCUGCUGAUAGCAGUGCAGACAGCACAAGCGGAAGCUAUGGAACACCAACUGGAAGACCAAAUCCCAACAAUCCACAAGAAGGAUCACCAAAAGGACCACAACAACCCAACACCCCUGUGGGAGGAUCACCAAAUGGACAACAAAAACCCAAUAACCCACUAGACGGAUCACCAAGCAAACCCGACAGUGGUACGUCAAACAAACCACAGCAAGGAUCACAAAAUGGCUCCCCUGGUUAUAGCAGUACAACCUACAGCCAAUCGUCUGCUGAUAGCAGUGCAGACAGCACAAGCGGAAGCUAUGGAGCACCAACUGGAACACCAAAUCCCAACAAUCCACAAGAAGGAUCACCAAAAGGACCACAACAACCCAACACCCCUGUGGGAGGAUCACCAAAUGGACCACAAAAACCCAAUAACCCUCAAGACGGAUCAUCAAGCAAACCCGACAGUGGUUCGUCAAACAAACCACAGCAAGGAUCACAAAACGGCUCCCCUGGUUAUAGCAGUACAACCUACAGCCAAUCGUCUGCUGAUAGCAGUGCAUACAGCACAAGCGGAAGCUAUGGAGCACCAACUGGAACUCAAAAACCCAACAAUCCACAAGUAGUAUCACCAAAAGGACCACAACAACCCAACAGCCCUGUAGGAGGAUCACCAAAUGGACCACAAAAACCCAAUAACCCACAAGACGGAUCACCAAGCAAACCCGACAGUGGUUCGUCAAACAAACCACAGCAAGGAUCACAAAACGGCUCCCCUGGUUCUAGCAGUACAACCUACAGCCAAUCGUCUGCUGAAAGCAGUGCAGACAGCACAAGCGGUAGCUAUGGAGCACCAACUGGAACACCAAAUCCCAACAAUCCACAAGAAGGAUCACCAAAAGGACCACAAAAACCCAAUAACCCACAAGACGGAUCACCAAGCAAACCCGACAGUGGUUCGUCAAACAAACCACAGCAAGGAUCACAAAACGGCUCCCCUGGUUCCAGCAGUACAACCUACAGCCAAUCGUCUGCUGAUAGCAGUGCAGACAGCACAAGCGGAAGCUAUGGAGCACCAACUGGAACACCAAAUCCCAACAAUCCACAAGAAGGAUCACCAAAAGGACCACAACAACCCAACACCCCUGUGGGAGGAUCACCAAAUGGACAACAAAAACCCAAUAACCCACUAGACGGAUCACCAAGCAAACCCGACAGUGGUUCGUCAAACAAACCACAGCAAGGAUCACAAAACGGCUCCCCUGGUUAUAGCAGUACAACCUACAGCCAAUCGUCUGCUGAUAGCAGUGCAGACAGCACAAGCGGAAGCUAUGGAGCACCAACUGGAACACCAAAUCCCAACAAUCCACAAGAAGGAUCACCAAAAGGACCACAACAACCCAACAUCCCUGUGGGAGGAUCACCAAAUGGACAACAAAAACCCAAUAACCCACAAGACGGAUCACCAAGCAAACCCGACAGUGGUUCGUCAAACAAACCACAGCAAGGAUCACAAAACGGCUCCCCUGGUUCUAGCAGUACAACCUACAGCCAAUCGUCUGCUGAUAGCAGUGCAUACAGCACAAGCGGAAGCUAUGGAGCACCAGCUGGAACUUCGAAACCCAACAAUCCACAGGGAGGAUCACCAAAAGUACCACAACAACCCAACACCCCUGUAGGAGGAUCACCAAAUGGAUCACAAAAACCCAAUAACCCUCAAGACGGAUCAUCAAGCAAACCCGACAGUGGUUCGUCAAACAAACCACAGCAAGGAUCACAAAACGGCUCCCCUGGUUAUAGCAGUACAACCUACAGCCAAUCAUCUGCUGAUAGCAGUGCAGACAGCACAAGCGGAAGCUAUGGAGCACCAACUGAAACACCAAAUCCCAACAAUCCACAAGAAGGAUCACCAAAAGGACCACAACAACCCAACACCCCUGUGGGAGGAUCACCAAAUGGACAACAAAAACCCAAUAACCCACAAGACGGAUCACCAAGCAAACCCGACAGUAGUUCGUCAAACAAACCACAGCAAGGAUCACAAAACGGCUCCCCUGGUUAUAGCAGUACAACCUACAGCCAAUCGUCUGCUGAUAGCAGUGCAUACAGCACAAGCGGAAGCUAUGGAGCACCAACUGGAACUUCAAAACCCAACAAUCCACAGGAAGGAUCACCAAAAGUACCACAACAACCCAACACCCCUGUAGGAGGAUCACCAAAUGGACCACAAAAACCCAAUAACCCUCAAAACGGAUCAUCAAGCAAACCCGACAGUGGUUCGUCAAACAAACCACAGCAAGGAUCACAAAAAGGCUCCCCUGGUUCCAGCAGUACAACCUACAGCCAAUCGUCUGCUGAUAGCAGUGCAGACAGCACAAGCGGAAGCUAUGGAGCACCAACUGAAACACCAAAUCCCAACAAUCCACAAGAAGGAUCACCAAAAGGACCACAACAACCCAACACCCCUGUGGGAGGAUCACCAAAAGGACCACAACAACCCAACACCCCUGUGGGAGGAUCACCAAAUGGACAACAAAAACCCAAUAACCCACAAGACGGAUCACCAAGCAAACCCGACAGUGGUUCGUCAAACAAACCACAGCAAGGAUCACAAAACGGCUCCCCUGGUUCUAGCAGUACAACCUACAGCCAAUCGUCUGCUGAUAGCAGUGCAGACAGCACAAGCGGAAGCUAUGGAGCACCAACUGGAACACCAAAUCCCAACAAUCCACAAGAAGGAUCACCAAACGGACCACAACAACCCAACACCCCUGUGGGAGGAUCACCAAAUGGACAACAAAAACCCAAUAACCCACAAGACGGAUCACCAAGCAAACCCGACAGUGGUUCGUCAAACAAACCACAGCAAGGAUCACAAAACGGCUCCCCUGGUUAUAGCAGUACAACCUACAGCCAAUCGUCUGCUGAUAGCAGUGCAGACAGCACAAGCGGAAGCUAUGGAGCACCAACUGGAACACCAAAUCCCAAUAAUCCACAAGAAGGAUCACCAAAAGGACCACAACAACCCAACACCCCUGUGGGAGGAUCACCAAAAGGACCACAACAACCCAACACCCCUGUGGGAGGAUCACCAAAUGGACAACAAAAACCCAAUAACCCACAAGACGGAUCACCAAGCAAACCUGACAGUGGUUCGUCAAACAAACCACAGCAAGGAUCACAAAACGGCUCCCCUGGUUCUAGCAGUACAACCUACAGCCAAUCGUCUGCUGAUAGCAGUGCAGACAGCACAAGCGGAAGCUAUGGAGAACCAACUGGAACUCAAAACCCCAACAAUCCACAGGAAGGAUCACCAGAAGUACCACAACAACCCAACACCCCUGUAGGAGGAUCACCAAAUGGACCACAAAAACCCAAUAACCCUCAAAACGGAUCAUCAAGCAAACCCGACAGUGGUUCGUCAAACAAACCACAGCAAGGAUCACAAAACGGCUCCCCUGGUUCCAGCAGUACAACCUACAGCCAAUCGUCUGCUGAUAGCAGUGCAGACAGCACAAGCGGAACCUAUGGAGCACCAACUGAAACACCAAAUCCCAACAAUCCACAAGAAGGAUCACCAAAAGGACCACAACAACCCAACACCCCUGUGGGAGGAUCACCAAAAGGACCACAACAACCCAACACCCCUGUGGGAGAAUCACCAAAUGGACAACAAAAACCCAAUAACCCACAAGACGGAUCACCAAGCAAACCCGACAGUGGUUCGUCAAACAAACCACAGCAAGGAUCGCAAAACGGCUCCCCUGGUUCUAGCAGUACAACCUAUAGCCAAUCGUCUGCUGAUAGCAGUGCAGACAGCACAAGCGGAAGCUAUGGAGAACCAACUGGAACUUCGAAACCCAACAAUCCACAGGGAGGAUCACCAAAAGUACCACAACAACCCAACACCCCUGUAGGAGGAUCACCAAAUGGACCACAAAAACCCAAUAACCCACAAGACGGAUCAACAAGCGAACCCGACAGUGGUUCGUCAAACAAACCACAGCAAGGAUCACAAAACGGCUCCCCUGGUCCUAGCAGUACAACCUACAGCCAAUCGUCUGCUGAUAGCAGUGCAGACAGCACAAGCGGAAGCUAUGGAGCACCAACUGGAACACCAAAUCCCAACAAUCCACAAGAAGGAUCACCAAAAGGACCACAACAACCCAACACCCCUGUGGGAGGAUCACCAAAUGGACAACAAAAACCCAAUAACCCACAAGACGGAUCACCAAGCAAACCCGACAGUGGUUCGUCAAACAAACCACAGCAAGGUUCACAAAACGGCUCCUCUGGUUAUAGCAGUACAACCUACAGCCAAUCGUCUGCUGAUAGCAGUGCAGACAGCACAAGCGGAAGCUAUGGAGCACCAACUGGAACACCAAAUCCCAACAAUCCACAAGAAGGAUCACCAAAAGGACCACAACAACCCAACAACCUUGUAGGAGGAUCACCAAAUGGACCACAAAAACCCAAUAACCCACAAGACGGAUCAUCAAGCAAACCCGACAGUGGUUCGGCAAACAAACCACAGCAAGGAUCACAAAACGGCUCCCCUGGUUCUAGCAGUACAACCUACAGCCAAUCGUCUGGUGAUAGCAGUGCAGACAGCACAAGCGGAAGCUAUGGAGCACCAACUGGAACACCAAGUCCCAACAAUCCACAAGAAGGAUCACCAAAAAGACCACAACAACCAAACACCCCUGUAGGAGGAUCACCAAAUGGACCACAAAAACCCAAUAACCCACUAGACGGAUCAUCAAGCAAACCUGACAGUGGUUCGUCAAACAAACCACAGCAAGGAUCACAAAACGGCUCCCCUGGUUCUAGCAGUACAACCUACAGCCAAUCGUCUGCUGAUAGCAGUGCAGACAGCACAAGCGGAAGCUAUGGAACACCAACUGGAAGACCAAAUCCCAACAAUCCACAAGAAGGAUCAUCAAAAAGACCACAACAACCCAACACCCCUGUAGGAGGAUCACCAAAUGGACCACAAAAACCAAAUGACAAGCAAGUUGGACCUAUCGGAACUCCAAAAAAUUGUGGCAGUGGACCACUUAAACCAGGAUUCUAUCCUAACUCACCAGCGAAAACCCGUAUCUGCGUGUGCUUCAAUAGCAUCUUGGAUAUGCCUAAAGAACUCAGGGAGCAAUUCAGAUACUACUACAAUUAA